AUGGGUCAAGGACAAGGAUAUAGACAGAUUUUAGAAAAUGUUGGAAAAUUGGCUAAAAGCCUGGAAACAUUCAUUCACUUAGAAGAGAAUGAUUCUUCUGAUAAAGAACAAAACGAUUCUCUCUCUCCCUCUAAAGAUCAUCAAUUCAGUUUUACUGCUAGCAUAAAAAGUAAGAAUCUUUCAUCUGAAAAAGAUAACCAAGAAUCUCUAUUCUCUAAUGAGUUCAACGUGAGAAUAGAAGAUAUUUCUUCAAAAGUUAUUCAUGAUCUUAAAGAAAUUCUAAAUAAAUACAAAAAUAAAAUCAUUUUAGGAGACUGCGAAUCUGGUUUAGGAGGAAAAUUAUACGGAGAUUGCUUGAAAGAAUAUUCAGAUGAGUGUAAGAGAUGCUUACAAGAAGCUAUUCAAAUCAUAGAAGAAGAAGUUGAAAAACAAAAGAAAAAAGCCGUAGAGGAAUCAUUAAAAGCAAUGAAUGCAGAAAAUGAACAAUAUAUAAAAGAAAUGCAAAUGAAGUUUCAGAAGCAGCUUCAAGAUGAAAUAGCUAAAGUUAAAGCUCGAGUACAACAAGAAAUUGAAAAUGAAGUGGAAGAGGAAAAAAGAAUAAGUGAAGAGAAAAUAAAAGAGAGCGUGAAAGAUGUAACUGAACAAUUUAAAAAUCAAUUAAAAGAAGCGGUGAGUGAAGCUCAAGAGCAUGAAAUGAAAAUGGGUCAGAAUAAAUGUAAACAAAUGAGAAGUGGAUUUGAUGAAAAACUGCGAGAAAUAAAACGAAUAGCAGAAGAAGAAAAAGAUAAAUGCUUGGGAGUAUUGAAAGAAAAUUUAAUACAAGAAAAAGAAGAAGCUGUUCAAAAUUUAAAAAAUGAAGAAGAACAACGAGCAAAUGUGCAAAUGAAAAGGCAACAAGAAUAUUUCGAAAAUAUAAUCGAAAAUUUGCAAAAUAAAUUAAAAGAAUUAGAAAGAGAAGUGAGACAAUUAAAUGAGCAAUUGAAAGAAGCGAAUGUUCAGAAAUCUGAUGCUAAUAUGCAAUUAUCCAAUUUAAAAUUACAAUUACAACAAUUUAUUGUAUUGGCCAACAAGACAGAAAUGGAAAAUCCAAGGAAUAAAUUACUUUACAGAAAUAAAUUUAAUUAGUUAUAUAAGAAAAACUAAAUUUAAUUGUAAAUUUUAAGGAAAAUAAA